AUGGACAGAUGCUUCAUACUGAUUCUCAUUGUGGGAACAGGUUUGGUGACUGGAGAUGACAUUGAGCCUGAUAAAGGGACAGAAAAAAUGUCUAAAGAAACAGAAACUGUCAAGCUGAGCUACUCAUAUAAUGUGACAGCUGUGAACAAAAUUGAGCCAAAUAAAGGGACGAGAAUCAUCAAAACAGAAGGAGAGUCUGUAACGCUGAGCUGCUCAUAUGAUUCAGACAGUGAAAAUGUACGACUGUACUGGCUGACUCUUCUCAGAGUGAACACUUGUACAAUGAAUCUUCAUUCAGUUAUUCUGUUCUGUGCCUCAACCGCUGCUGUCUUUGGAAAUGUCAUCAAACCAGACCAACCAGAAGUUUUUGCUGAGGAGGCUUCAGAUAUUACAUUGUCCUGUAAUUUUUCUGACUCUGGAACUACAGAUAAUCUCCACUGGUACCGUCAGUAUGGAAGAUCAAAACCUGAAUUUCUUGUACUCACCUACAGCAGUGCAAAGGAAGCUCAACGGUCUGAUGUAGAUCCAAGAUUCACUGUUAAAGUUGAAAAAAGGGAACAUGUGGAUCUGAAGAUCUUCUCUGCUGCUGUAUCAGACUCUGCUCUGUACUACUGUGCUCUGCAGCCCACAGUGACAGGAAACACAUCAGCUCUCUACAAAAACCUGUUACAAUGA